AUGACCGAGGACGAGGAGGACUGGGAGGACUAUGUCAAGGGCGGGUACCACCCCGUACACAUCGGCGACUCCUUCUCCGACGGCCGCUAUGUCGUCGUCAGGAAGCUCGGCUGGGGCCACUUCUCCACCGUCUGGCUCGCAAACGAUACAAAGAUGAACCGCCAUGUAGCCCUGAAGAUUGUCAAGUCUGCCCCUCGGUACACAGAAACUGCGUUAGACGAGAUCAAGCUCCUGCAACGCCUAAUCACAUCCUCCACGCCACCACUACAGCCCACGACCGAUAAUCCAAACCCCUCCCCCUCCCCAUCCGCCACACAUCCCGGGCGCUCCCACGUCAUCUCCUUCCUGGACCAUUUCCGGCACAAGGGCCCUAAUGGCACGCACGUCUGCAUGGUCUUCGAGGUCCUGGGCGAGAACUUGCUCGGCCUCAUCAAGCGGCACCAGAACAAGGGCGUGCCAAUGCACCUUGUGAAGCAGAUCGCAAAGCAGAUUCUGCUCGGACUUGACUAUAUGCACCGCUGUUGUGGCGUCAUCCACACUGACCUGAAGCCCGAGAACGUCCUGAUCAGCAUCGACGACGUCGAGGCGGUCAUUCAAGCGGAACUCGCCGCGCAAUCUGCUUCGCAAACGCCACCACCAACACGGCUGGUCGGCGUCCCGCCUUCUCGCGGGCGCGGCGGCAACCAGACACCGCGCUCAGAGUCUGUGUUUAUCACGGGCUCGCAACCACUGCCGUCACCAUCGUCUUCUUUCGGCUCAACCUCGCACCUUGACCGGUGGGCGUUCGGUAUGAGCAAGAUCGACGGAGCUCCCAGCGGGCCGGGUUCCGUAGGCAGUGCGAGCAAGGUGAAGUCAGGCAGCGACGACGGCACCGGCGCGAGCGACGGGAAUGGAGGCAAAGAGAAGCGUGCAGACUCGACAGAACAGGCGGCGGAGCGCAUAUCCAACGUCACGCUAGAGUCGUCGCCAUUCGGCGAGAAGGCGCGACCAGAAGGCAAGGGCGGUGGAAGGUCGAUGGGCCCUUCACUACUGUCGCAGCAGGCGGCGGCGGCUACCGGACCACAGCCUGCGGCGUCGUCUAGCACGUCUGCCUCCGCGGCCCCUCCACCAUACGACGACCCAAUGAACGCUGGCGGCGCGGGUUUGUCAACAAGCGCGAUGUCUGUGGACGGACUGCACCCAGUGUACGACGGCCCGGAGAAGAUCACUGUCAAGAUCGCGGACUUGGGCAACGCGACCUGGGUGGAACAUCAUUUUACCGACGACAUCCAGACGCGGCAAUACCGCUGUCCGGAGGUGAUCCUCGGCGCGAAGUGGGGUCCGAGCGCAGACAUCUGGAGCGUGGCAUGCAUUAUCUUCGAGCUCAUCACGGGCGGCGACUACCUCUUCGACCCGGCGUCGGGCUCGCGGUACAGCAAGGACGACGACCACAUCGCGCAGAUCAUCGAGCUCAUGGGCGAAUUCCCGAAGAGCCUCGCGUUCGCGGGCAAGUACAGCUCCGACUUCUUCAACCGGAGAGGCGAAUUGCGACAUAUCCAGAAGCUGCGGUUCUGGCCGCUCGACUGCGUCCUCCACGACAAGUACCUGCUCCCGAAGGAAGAAGCAGACAUGAUUGCGUCCUUCCUGAACCCGAUGCUGCGCCUGCACCCCGACAAGCGCGCGAAGGCGUCCGAGCUCACGCACCACGCGUGGCUCGACGGCGUCGCCGUCCAGGGCGAGAUCGACAUCAUCCGGCGCGCGGAGGACGAGGAGGCGCGGCGGAAACGGCAGGACGCGGAGACUGCGGGCAAGGAGAGCGCGGUGAAGCUCGCGGUCGAGGGCUCGGACGCAGACGCGAUGAAGCCCGUGGACGACGUCGUCGUCGGGCUCGACGCGGACGCGGACGGCGCCGUUGCGGUGCCGACGAUCUCUGCGCCCGUCCCCGGCGGGAAGCACGCGCACAAGGGCAGCGAGGGCGGGGUGCCGACGCUGCAGGGCGUGCCCCCGCACGGCAAGGGCGCGCGGCCAUGACAGACACUGUCCCUAUUGCUGCGGCUGUGGCGGCGGCUGCGGUGCCAUGCAAGAGUUAGGAGAAGCGACUUGGGGCGUCCAUUUGGUGUAUAAAGACGACGGCGACGCGGGACGGAGCACCUGUAUCCAGUGGUUGGGAACGUGUUGUAGAAUUUUCUCCGUUGCGCGAGUAGUUAGCUGAUGCCCGUUCACUUUCUGUAUCCCUGAGUUUCCUUUGCUAUCCUAUACGACCGAUC